CCAGCGGUCACAUGACAUCCGUUUCCCCUGUUUCUGUUUCUAUCAGACAGGCUGGGCUGAAAACGCUUAGCAACACUACAGAUCAGAGUUCAGUAACAGUUUGCUCAUCUUGUCUCACCUGCUGAUGGAAAAACAUCUGGAUGGAAACACGGAAUGAACGAUGAACUCUGUUAGAAACAGCUGUAGUUUCAUGAGGCUUAUUGCUGUUUGUCUGUUUCUCUGGGAGAAGACGAGCGACCUGGUGACGGCUGAAGAAGUUAAACAUUGAACUGGAUUAAGUGUUGUAUUGUGGAUUUAGUGUUCGCCGAGUUGACAACUGGAUUCUGCCAAACCUCAAACUACUAACCUGCGUCUCUCUGAAGGUCUGCAAAGCAGUCUCCUGAAGCCGAACGGACGGAGUUUGUCUCUGAGACAUAAAACAUGCCGUCCAACAAGUCGGUGUCUGACGCUCCCAUCGCUCAGUUCAUCAACUGCAGAAUACUGAGAGACCACCAGCUGCAGAGAGAGGACCUGUGGGUGCGUGACGGGAGGAUUUUAGAUCCAGAGAAGCUGUUCUUUGAUGAGCAGGGUUACGCUGACAAGCGUGUGGACUGUGAAGGCAGCAUCAUCGCCCCAGGCUUUAUAGACGUUCAGAUCAAUGGAGGAUACGGCAUCGACUUCUCUCAGGCCUCCGAUGACGUCGUAAGUGGAGUUUCUUUUGUGGCCAAAAAUAUCCUGCAGCACGGCGUGACGUCCUUCUGUCCCACGCUGGUCACCUCUCCUCCUGCUGUCUACCACAAGGUUGUGCCUCAGGUCAAAGUUCACGAUGGAGGAGAGCACGGAGCGGGAGUUCUCGGUUUUCAUCUGGAGGGUCCGUUCAUCAGCGAGGAGAAGAAAGGAGCUCACCCGCAGCAGUUUCUUCUGACCUUCCAGUCCCGAGGGAUCGAGGACCUGAUGGAGGUCUACGGCAGCCUGGACAAUGUCGCCAUGGUGACGCUGGCGCCCGAGCUGGCCGGCAGCCAAUCGGUGGUGAGGGAGCUCUGCAAGAGGGGCAUCACUGUGUCCUUAGGUCACUCAGUGGCCAACCUGUCCCAGGCUGAGGAGGCCGUUCACCACGGAGCCUCCUUCAUCACUCACCUCUUUAACGCCAUGCUGCCUUUCCACCAUCGGGACCCUGGUAUCGUGGGUCUGCUGACCAGCGACCAGGUUCCUGCAGGCAGGACGGUCUACUACGGCAUGAUCGCUGACGGGAUCCACACCAACCCGGCCGCCCUCCGGAUCGCUCAUCGAGCUCACCCGUCAGGUUUGGUGUUGGUGACGGACGCCAUCGCAGCGAUGGGUCUCCCUGAAGGUCGUCACACUCUGGGCCAGCAGGUCAUUGAGAUCCAGGGUCUCCACGCCUACGUGGCAGGCACUAAGACGCUCUGCGGCAGCAUCGCCACGAUGGACAUGUGUGUACGGCACUUUAAACACGCUUCAGGCUGCAGCGUAGAGGAAGCUCUGGAGGCCGCCUCGCUCCAUCCUGCUCAACUUCUGGGCAUCGGACACAAGAAGGGAAACCUGGACUACGGAUCAGACGCAGACCUUGUUCUGCUCGAUGACGCCCUCAACGUCAAAGCCACCUUCAUUUCUGGAGAGGAGGUUUGGAGAAAAGGACCAUAAAGAAGAAGAAGAAGAAGAAGAAGCCUGCAGACGGAAACAGCUGGGAACCGCGGUGCCUUCAGGGGACGCUGUUAAACACAGAACCAGACGUCUGUUGAAUGUUUUAAUUCAUCAGAAAACACAGCGACCUCUAUGCUCUCCCUUUAAAACACAUCAGUUCAGACCAGGGUUUGUCUGAAACUAUUAGAUGGAUAUCUAAUGACUUUCUUCUAUUCUCACCAAUCAGUCAAAACUUCCAUUCGUCAAACACUUACGUCUCAGUUGUACUUUCGAAUGUGUUCAGUUCAGGCUGAAAGUACAACUGAGACUGAAGAACUGACGUACAGCAAGUCUUAAGCCCCAUUCAGACAGGACAGGGUUAAUAUUACUUAAAGGUCCAGUGUGUAGGAUGUGGCGGUAUCUAGCGGUAUCUAGCGGUGAGGUGAGGUGAGGUGAUGUGAAGCCUCUCCCGUGUGCCAAGCAUGUUGUAAAGCUACAGUGGUCGACGCGCGAAAACGUGAAUUUCCCUCUCUAGAGCCAGUUGUUGUAAGAGUAGCGUCGGUCAUCUGGAGCAGAGCCGGUGCGUAGACUGUGUGUGUGUGUGUGUACGUGGGAAGUGAGUGGUGAAGCCAGAGAGAGAGAGAGCGGCGAGUAAUGUUAUCCACUCCGGCCCAAGCAGGAAAAGAGUUUGGUUUGUCCGUUCUGGACUGUAGAAACAUGGCGGACUCCGUGGAGAGAGGACCUCCUCCGUCCCAAAGAAAGUUAAAGUCAGUAACUCGUUUUGCAACGUCAGCGCCCAGCAGCAGAGCUACGCUUCCGCCAUUUUGGACUGAAAGCGACUACCGGACGCCAGUAAAACAUCCGCCUACAAAGUGAAAAGUAAAACAAAAUGAUUUCUAUUCUAUUUUCAUAUUCUGUGUUGAACAAUAAGAUAUUCUAAAUAUAAUAAGAGUUUUCAGUCCAAAAUGGCGGCAGCAGCUGUUGUCAGAGAAACACAGGAGUUUCGCCUCUUUACUUCUCUACUCUUUGCCACUCCCUAUGUACAUACAAACGGCUCAUUCUCAGGUAACGAAAACAAAAUUCUUAUUAUCAGGUGAUUAAACACUAAAGAAAACAUACUUAUUAAUAUUAUUUUCUGCCAAUAGAUCCCCCUAAACGCUACACACUGGCCCUUUAAUAUUACCUUCUUCCUCGUAGUAAGAGUUGUCAUUCUUGACAGCAUUUUAUUCACUGGCAGAUUACUACGUUACGUUACUACGUUGCAUCACAGACGGGCGUAGUAUUAUUGGUAAUAUUAGCGUUAUUUACUGAAACAGACAGCUUCAAACUACUUUAUAGUCUCUUUCUGAAUGUUGAUGAGGCUGCUUUUACAGUAAGAAAGAGACACAUUAAAUGAACUUUACUUUUUUCCUUCAUUGUAUGAGUUGACUGAUGUGAUUUAAGUGUGACUGAAGUGAUUUAUCAGAUUAAUAAAAUCCUUUACUACUACUUCAGCUGAUGAAACUCAGUGGCCGUAAACAGUUCUUUGUAUAAAAACACAUUUAAAAUGUAAAGUGUCUCCAGUUUUUAAAUGAUGUAGUUUGAGGUGUUUUAUUACCAUGCAUCCAGAUACUUUACUCUUUAUUUUAAUCACAGGUUACAUUGUGAUUGAUGUAAUUUAAAGGGGAAAAAUGUUGGUAUUAAACUCCAUAAAUCAACUUUCAGUAAAAGUUCCUGUGACAUGAUUGUUCCUCUUCUAAGCAAUAACAUUUACUUUUGUUAUAUCAUCUGUUGUUUGGGUGGAUUUCUGCUGUUUGUAGCAGAGUUUUGUAUGAAUUUGUAUUACAGUUCAUAUAAACUCUACAAGUCAUAUAUAAUCACUCUCUUGUGUAACUGCUCACAGACAUCUGAAAAAGACUUUUAUUAACUCUUUUGUAAGGAGUCACAAGCCAAAAAGGUUAAAUGCAUUGCUUGUAUUUUGUAUGCAAAAUCUUAAUUUGAGUAAAAAAGUAAAAUAAGAAAUAUGAAAUCGUACUUUACACGACUGACUUAUCCCUGCUGCUUUAGUUUUACUGU